AUUAUGCCAAGUAAGCAGCCGGUGCAGUAAUAGGAAUAAGACGUCAGCUUGAAGGCUGGAUGACUGUGAGCAUGCCUGUAAAUUCACUGUGGUCAACCCUCGCUGUGAUGCUCUUUUGGAUGUUAAACACUCUUGUGCUGCAGCUAGAGUGCGACCCAUGAAGCGCUAAAAGGAAGCAGAGCAGAAGAAAUCACAGAUCUUUGGAUUUUAUUGUCCAUAAUGGCGUGUUCAUCUUUGCUCUUCAUUACACUAACUGUGUCUCUCUCUGCACUUGGGAACCUUCUUAAAACUUCACAUUCUUCAGUCCAAGUAACUCAAAGUGCAGCCGGAAACAGCAGUGACUUGGACAGUUUAUUCAGCCAAGUGAUCUUUCAUUCAGAGAGCUCUGUGGAGGGCAGUGGACAUGACGCUGGCAGUACAGCAUCACGUCAACUCAUUGAUCGACUCACUCCUAAGGGGCCUCAGGGAGCAAGCGAUGAAAACCAGUCUACGUCUGGAAUCCCAUUAACUACAACACGGGCACUUAUUCCACAGCACUCAGAGUUUCCUGACCAAGGAGCCGACAAAGUCAGUGCUUCAAUUACAGGAUACACUGACUCCAUUUUAAGCAAAAUCUCAGAUGAAGCUUUCUUGGAAGGCAGCCACAUAACAACUGAGGAACACUUAAAACAGAGUCAUACAUCCAGUGUGAAAUAUGACUUUCCUACUGGUUGGGACCGACCUAAAAUCCAUAGUCAAACCAAUGUGUUUCCUUACACGACAAAUCAUAAUCUGUCAGGACCUGGAGUCUUUAAAAACUUUAAUGGCACCAGUCUGCUCUGGGACGACAUGAGGCGCACGCUGGCGUUUGCCUGGGAACUGCAUGUUUUUGGAUCUGCAAGUCUCUUCACACUGAUGACUGGCCUGGCAGUUUUGGGAGUGGCUGGAGCGUGCACCCUUCCUAACCCCCUCUGUUCUGCCCUGACCCAGGCAAAUAGUCUCUUAAUUAUAGGUGGUUCUUUGCGAUCCUUCCUCCUUCUACUUGAUCCUUAUGGUACCUGCCAGGUCUUGUCUCAUGCCACUCUGGCGGCAUUGCAUAAUGUUCCUCUGGUGCUUUUUCUGUGGGCACAGGUUGCCCUCACUCUGAUCUCACUCCAAGGACUAAAGUUAUUACUGUUCCCAUUAAAAGUGCAACGCCCAUGGGUGGUUGGAGGCCUCGCUAUAUGGCAUUGCACUGCAUUACUUGUAGCUGAUUUAUACUCUUCAGCUUUAUCCCUUGCCCUCCCUCUUUUGCUGCAGACCCUCUCCCUGUGUUGGGGUCUCCCAUUCUGCUUGGGGAUCCUCACUAUGUCCCUUUCCCACAUACAUCCCUUUUUAGGAUCCUCGGUGCCACAGUGGAUUCCUUCACAGGGGGCUGAUAGGCGUGGAAAACGAGUCACUGCAGUAUGUGCCUUUUUUGGGGUGCUGUGCUGCGGCCUUCAGACGUAUAGUCUCUUCUGGCUUUAUGGGCUACUGGGGAACUGGAGGCGCUUUGGCUGGGGCUGGUGGCUCAGUCAGUUUUGGGCCAGAAUCCUUGAGGUAGCUUGGGGAUUCUCUCUGCUUGUCCUGGGAUCUUGGAUCUUCUGGGCACCAUCUAGAGGUAAUUUAAAGGCCGAUUGUGGACAGAGCAGAGGCGAAGUGCCUAGAAGGGUGGAGAGGAAAAACUUGUGGGAUAGGCUCUUGGCCAGAGUACGCAAAGGCCCGCUGAGACAGUCUGAGAAAACCUGGGAAGACUUGAUGCCAAAUAACUGGACGAAGCAUAACCUGACCAGAGCAGGUAUCAGUAACAAUGUAAUGUGCCCAUAUGACGAUCAGCCAACUACCAUUAUGCAAGAAUACAGCAAUGAUCCUGUUAGCUGCAGCAGCUCUGACUCCCAGGCUGCAUUAUUGUGGCAAAAAAUAGGCGAACGCGAGUGUGUUCUUUCAAUUAUAGAGUUUGACAUGAGGCCCCCAUCUCCGAUCAACCUCAGGCGCAGCAUUGACAAUGCCCUUCAUCAUGGACAGCUUGUAGCAGGAGGUCUAUUCACUCCUCCACCUCCCUCUUGGAUUCACACAAUGGGUAAAGACACCACUGACGGAGACGGUGGUCCAACAGCAUUUUGUCCAGCUUAUGUGAACUAUGGGUGGAUGCUGGACACAGAGUCUAUUUCUGCGUCUCUAGAUCAUUUCCAAGCCAAAGAGGCAGUACAGUCACCCACAGCUACAACUGAUUAUAAUGGCAGCAGAGGGUCUCCAGAAGAAUUCUCAACAGUGAUCUGUCAGCAUGACUGGUCUGAUGACGACAUCACAGACCUCUAGGCUGUCCUCAACUGUGAGAGGACACAACGUCCUUCUCCAAAUCAAGUGACACUGCUUAUUUCAAUUGUAAGGCUUCUGCAGGACUUCAGCAAACCUGUUUCACUGGUGUAGGUCUCAAUAUUUCAAAUAUUCAGCACAGCAGCUUGCAUAGUAUUUCACAAAUAUCCUCAUUGAUUUUACAUGUUUUUUUUUAGAAGAGUCUUCAGCUGUAUUUUCGUGUUUACAUGUUUUGACACGUAAAGUGCAUGACUGGAAUAAGUUGGAAAUGACAACACCUCAUAGAGGAUAUUAUGAACAUUUGAUGAGUAUUUUGUUUCUUUAUACCAGUGCUGUUUGUGGACAGACUUUAUCAGAGUUUUCAAUCAGUUUAAAAUUUCCCAUAGGACCACCCACAGCUCUCCCUCCCUUUGUUCCAGAUAUAAGGGAUGCUUUCACUGUUUCAUUUGUCAAUAAAACAACUGAAUUAUCUACAACAUUGACGGAGGCCAUACGUAAAAAUGUGAAUUAAUUAAUGAAAUGCGUGGUUCAUUUUGAGUGAGGCUAAGUUUUACAUUGUUUGAAUGAUAUUUAAAUUUGUUCAUAUUUUUUAACUAAAAAAACAGUUUUCAAAUAAACUGAUUUUAG